AUGACCACCAGGUUCUUUUUACUAAUUCUUUUAUUUUUGGGAUCUUGUGCUCCGGCUCUGGGGUGUUAUGGCCCGUUGUGUACUAAUAUAAUAUUCUCGAGACCUUGCAUUCGGCCGUUUUGUGUGCCUGUGUGUAAUACGGUGACUUGCUAUAGGAAGUACUUGUACCUACCCCCGCCGCCUCCGCCGCCAAUCAUCAUCCGAACUGUGCAAAGAUCCUGCUGCACAGUCACAAACUUUUCGUGCUGUCGGACAUUCUUUGGAAGGAAGAAAUAA